GCAGCCGUCGGUGUCUGGUCAUCUCAGUGAUGUGAUGCUGAGUGAUGUGGAGGACGAGGCAGGGUUAGGCGGGCUGGGAAACCAGGCAGAGAGCCAGAAACUUGGGAAGCUCUCUGACCUCUACUCCACCACCAUCCCCUCUGUGGACUCAGCCGUGGAGUCCUGGGACGGCUCGGCCAUAGACACCACCUUCAACACCCAGGCCCCAGGUUUCCAGGCGUCUGGCUACAGCUUCCACAGCCAUGAGUGGAGGAACGCCAAGCCCAGCCAGGGCAGCCUGUCCCCCGUCAGCACCCGCCAGAGACACAACGUCCUGGCAGACCUGGGCCUCAGCGACGACGAAUGGGACAGACCCACCGCCGGCGGAGCUUCUACACUGCCCACCGGUCUAAUCACUGACAGCAGGUUCACUGUGGGUCAUGACGGGACCGAGGCCGGACCAGGAAGAGAACUUCUGGUCUCAGGCCCUGGAAGAUCUGGAGACCUGUGGCCAGUCUGGCAUCCUGAGGAACUGGAG